AUAGUUCCUUCUUCCGACGAGGAAUCGUUGGCUAUCAACCUUGAGACCGACCUCCACCGACCGUUCCCCGGCUACACGACCUCCAUUAUUCUUAUCCUACUUGCAGCCACUCGAUCUUGAGUUGCACUGUCGUCCUUCGUCUCCACUGUCGUUUUUAACCUUGCAUUCUUAUCCUCACACUGCAGCGCCAUCAUGCCGGUCUCGCAUCUUGGACUCACCGUCUCGCACAUUCCCUCCUCGACCUCAUUCUUCCAAGCUGCACUCGCACCGCUCGGAUACAGAUUCAUCGGUCACCAAGGGAACUCGAUUGGCUUCGGUAUUGACUCCGCCGACUUCUUUAUAACCCAGGCUCCAUACGGUUCCCGUCCUUCGCCGAACCACAUCGCUUUCCUUGCCGAGGAUCGGAAUGUAGUCAGAAACUGCUAUACUGCUGCUGUCAAUGCUGGAGGCCGACCAAGUGGUGCUCCGGACUACCGCAAUGACAACUGCUCGUGCUUCAACGCUGCCGUAGAGGAUCUUGACGGCAACACGAUCGAAUUUAUCUUCCGCCAACCCCAUGACGACCAAGGCUGCUGCGGUGCUCCUGAGGCGCCUGAACAAGGUGCACGAGUCCUGACAUGGCAGAAGGACGUUGCUGAAAGUGGUGGAGGGGACGAUGUACAGUCAACAGCAGAGUCCGCGCGCUCAAAACGCAGCGCCGCUUCCAAUGCAUCCCGAGCUCGAUCUCGAAUGCAAACCGCGCUUGACCUGGCGUCCAACACAUCAAAGUCCGUCAAGUCCGUUGCACCAUCACAAGGCAUCACUCGGACCGGUACUGCUCCUACUAACACCGGCUUCUCCAACAAGACUUUGAUUGGGACUGCUCUUGGCGCUGCUGCUGGUGCCGCACUCAUGUUCGCCAUGACACGCGAAGAGGGCCGAAAUGCCAGAGAUGAGGCUGAUCACCUCAACUACAUGUCUCGAUCCAGAUCAAAACCAAGGGACUCUAUGGAUGAGCCGCGAAAGAUGCCAUCGCCACCCAGAGCCGAGACCAAGCCGCCGUCGAUCCCCGCUUUAUCCCAAGCACCAAAAUCUGAAAGCAGAAGAUCUCAUCGCAACUACAGCACCACGGAGUCAGCCCACAGUCGUCCUCAUCCUCGCUCCACUCAAGCGAUGAGGAUGAUCGAAGCAACCGGCCACAACGAUGAUAACGAAGUCCAGCAAGCAAUCUCACGUACGCACCCAAGUCUACCGCCAGUCGCGCUUCUGCCAGCAUCAAGCGAACGAGCACUCUACCCCUCGACACCGAGCAAAAAACCCGAGAACCUCUUUACCUGGAAGCUCCGAAAAGCACAACUUCGCGACACAGCCGUCACAGCACCCAUACAUACCGUCGAAGCAGCCACGACGACACCGAAAAACUAA